UCUCACAAGGUUUAUUGCGCAACACAAAUGGGAGAUUCCAUCGAUGGUCGUCUCCUGAAAUCUUACGGAAAUAUUACACGAAAUUUUCCGUUGAAAUGGGGUUUACCAUCCAGAAUUCGUAUAGAUAUGUGGAGAGAUAGUAACACAGGACUACUGUGAUCCACCCAACGCAUUGAAAAAGGAGAUGAAGAUGAGUGUCUUUGUGUUCACCACGAAGGUCUAUGAGUAGACGCUUCGUAACGUGCCUUCUGCUGUCUGCUGGCCUCUAAAGUUUGCCUUCAUCAACAAUUGACAGAUCUGAGCAAAUCGCUCUGCUCUUGGAACAUAACAUUGUUAAAAUCCAUUGGUGCUAAAAAGAAACCACAACUAAAAAGCAGGACGACCGUUUGCAAUUCAUAUCUGCGUCAUUUUAACCUGGAGACUGUGCCUCUGCUACCCUUUAGAGACUUAUAUUGACCAUGGAUUGCUUUGUGGAUGAAUCUGUAACUAAGUUGAGGGGCGUGGUCAAAGAUACAGGGGAGGGGUAUGAGAUGACCCUGCCCAUCGAAUGUCGAUUGACCCAGACGGGAGGGGAGGUGGAAACACUUUUGUCGACGGUCCUUAAAUCUCAGAGGGAAAGCCAGCAUGAUGAGGAUGGUGAAUCGGAUGCAGUUGCUAAGCAGCAGGCUGCAGUAGAUGAGGUCCUCUACCAUGCUAUGGUACGUCUGGAUACAGAACUGAACAAGAAGGAGAAAGACAGCCCAGAGGAAACAGAGAUUGAGGUCAAUCUCCUGGCCCGUUUGGAACAAGUUCUGGAGUACUGUUCCCAUCGCCUUGGCAACAAGAUCAUCUCACUAGAAGUUCUACUUCUCCUUUCAGUGGUCCUAGACCCUAACGCAAGCUUCAACAAGGCAGAUACAUGGUCAUCUCGCUCCUCUUUCUCAAAGAGUUCGGUGCUAGCACAGCUGAUCAACCACUUUGGUGCAUGUAGAGGGUUCGAGCAGGUGAGGCAGAGACUGCGUCAGGCCAGGGAUCUCAGUAUUGCUCAUCUAGCAGCUCUCUUGAGGCCUUUUGGACAGUGUUACCAGCAGCUUACAGCCGAUACAAUCAAAAGCUACUUCCUUCCCACUGUGGAUGCAGUAUGUUCUCAUCUAUUGUCAUGUUCAGACCGACAGUUAUUUCAACAAGACAUUCAGAUUGGAGAGUUACCAGCAACCUAUCUUGUAGGGCCUCGGGCAGCAUACGUCAUAGUGGAGGCUGUAAUGAAUCUACUGUCGGCUGUCAAAUCAGAAGAAUCAGAAGCAGAGGUCAAAGUUCAGUAUUGGCAGGACACCAUCCUCACAAGGUUAAAGCAUGCUUUAGAGGAUGAGGUUAGCUCUGGUGAAUGUUCACCCUCAGGAGGUACCGGGCAUGGCCAGAGUGGUACCUCUAGCCCCCAGGGACAGGUGGCAUCAAGACGAACCUCCAGGGAAAGCCAGAAAGAUGUUUCUACACCAGGCUCUAUCAAUGAGGGUGAAUACGACAUCAAGUCACCUACCAGCCUAAGCAGUAGAUCCUGUCAGACCCUGCCUUACGUGGUAGACUCAGUCCAGCAGGACACCUUAGAUCUGAUUGAACGUCUAGCCAAGGAGAACGGCACUGCUCCAUUCAAAGACCCUCUAACAACACCACAAAGCCCUACGGAAUCAUGCUCCGACUCCGGCACGAUACCCGACCCCACAGACUUCCCUCCUGCCUCUCAGCAGAUGAUCACCAUCGACAUCGAACCGCCGUCUCCCCGACCUCCGCACGCAUCAACACUAACCAUGGACGCCACCUUCGAUCUUGAUGCGCCCUCGACGUCGUACGGGAUCGUUGAUCGCCCUAGUCAGUUCCCGUUUGACCGCAUGCAGCCGGAGUUGGUUUCUAACGAUGUGAUUGUUUGGAACCAGGGGCGUCCGUGCCCCUCCUUGGCCUGUGGGUCCGGUAACCCGAUGGAGGGUAAACACAUUCCGUUAGGGUUUGGGCUGGAUUCCAGCGACACAUCAUCCAUGGUGUCGAUGACGUCGGUAGCGAGGUCGGCCAGUGAGCUGGGCACAACGUGUAGGGUUUGCUUUGAAGGAGAGACGUCAUCAAAGAACAGGCUCAUCAGACCAUGCAGAUGUACCGGGUCAGCAGCUAGUAUUCAUCGUCAAUGCCUGGUCAAAUGGAUCCAGAUAUCUGGUAACAGAACGUGUGAGGUAUGUGGCGCACGCUUCAGUUAUGUGCCUCUCUCAGAACACAUGCGAGGGGUCAUGGAUAAAUUCAGGUCAAAUCGGAGAUGGAGAAACGUUGCAUUUGCUGUCCUGGUGGGACUGGUGGUCAUUCUCUAUCUCAUCAUCUUUGCUGUGUUUCCUGGUGGCAUAAUGAACAAUUAACCCCACCCCAAUCUCCAUCCCAGCAACCCCCUACCCCGCCCUCCCUUUCUUAUUUUAUUUUAAACUAAUGCAUAUUAAGUGAGGUUAUACUAGAUAUC